AUGAACGUGCAAGCGGCAUCGGACGCCUUGUGGGGUCAGCGAUCCCUAUCGGAGAGAUUCGGGAAUAUAAAAGGUCGCGAACUACAAGACAAAAUAUGGAAGAUGUAUCAGGUGCAGCAGUGCCAAGACGGCGGUUUGGUGAAGCUGGACUUCUAUCAAAGUGAUGGCUCGCGCAACAUCGUGAGACAUUCACUAAAUCAACGGAAGCAACUUUCGGUGAGAGCAUCCUACAAACGAUCGAUAUUGGCAUACGGCAUUCUUGAGGGGUGCAGAGGCGAGUGCUGGGUCAUCGAACCCAGUGCUCCUGGCAUGCCGAGUGAGGCAUUCUAUGAUUGCGACGAAGAGUACGGCGAUCACCCGCAGGCAUGGCGUGCUUUCGCCGACAGAAGCAGCAUUACCAGUCGCAACAGCAACUAUCAUGAGCAGUUCAACUCGUGGCUGAAUGCCUCGGAGUACAAGGAGAGGUACAGCACCGCAAGCUUCAAAACCUCGAGGGCUUUGAGGAACAAAUUGGCAAGCUUCUCCAUUCUGAGCGAGUUCGAAUCAUUCAUGGGGGAGUUUGCAGACUUUAUGAAUACAGAUAUGCCAAAGGUCCCAUUGUUGCCGGUUGACUCCUCCACCGGAGGGAGACGACCGCCGUUCCUCUUCGGCAAGACGCCAGAAUCCGCCGUGUACGUCCAUGCGCAUCAGAGGUUGAGCUGCCCGAUACAAGGAGCCAUUUUCAUUCGUAAAGUCACCCAGAAAGCCAGUGCGGCGGCUGGUGCAAGCACGGGUACGAGUGACAAGAAGAAGCGAGCGCAUGUGCCAGACCUCUCGACUGACGCAGCUCCAAAAAAGGCGGCCCGAAAGGCCAAGGCCAAAUCGAAAGCCAAAGCGAAAGCGCAGGCAUUGCAGUUCGAUGCAGAGACCACACAGGACCUGCAAGGUUGCAUCGACUUCAACGUGGCAGAAGUAGGCUGUAGUGAGCAGGACCAGGCGCAGAGCGCUAAGGGCGGUGCUAAGGAGACGGAUGCAGAGGGACACGGGCAGGGCUCUCGACAAAGGCUGUGGUUGGACGACUUGCUGAGUGCUGUCGAAAGGUGCCUGACAGGCCCCUAUGCCUUGUUCAAGAAUUCGCCAGCCACAAAGACAAUGCGAGCGGUAGUCCUUUCCCUCGGGUUGGAGUUCGCUUGCUCCGGCACGGUGGUGCUCCGCAAAAAGCCGCUCAAGGUCCGUCCGGCUUUGCAGAACAUGUUCGUGGCUGCCCUCACGGAAAGCCAGCAGCAGCAGACCUUGUCUAGUGGACUCGACAUGCAGCAGGUUUUGCAGAAAAUGAUGUCAGAGGUGAGCUCGGGAUCAGCUGGACGGUUGACUGGCGCGCCGUCCCAGGUCGUUCAGCCAGACUCAGUCAAGCAAAUUCUGCAUGACAAGCGCAGCUGUCAGCUGUGCAAGGAUUUCCUUGUGACCAACAGCUCGCCGGAGGUCUCGAAGCACCCCGCUUUCGCUGCGUGCUUGAGUAAGGUUCGAGCUGGCUUCUGCACUUGCCCACGGACAAAGGACGAUUGGAACCCCAACUUGAAGUGUGACUUUCACGAUUCUCUGCACACGGUGCAGGAUAUGGUUUGGCAUUUUACCAAAUUGAUGGAGACUGAGGCGGUCAUUGAUGAUUCCGUGCCAUCGCUUGGGGCGGCUGCGAUGGUCGUGGCAUCCAAGCUGGCACAGGAAGAGAUCCUGGCAGAGAUUGGAAAAGAUGCCAGCUUUUUGGUGUCGAAGAAGGAGGCUUCCAACCACGGGGAGGUUGUGACCUUGAAUGACAGCAUCAUUGCCACCCUCAUUACUUCUCGAGCGAAGUAUAUGUUGACGUGCAUGAAGGUCAUGAUGGUCAUUCCAGACACUCGAACAGAUGCCAGGGACAAGGGGUCGGGAUCAAAAGAGCCGGUUUUGGUUGAAUUCGAGGAUUUGGGUCCCAACUCCGUGCGGGCUCUCUACGACAUCAUUUUGCAUUUGUGCAAGGACGGGCAAGAAUAUAUAAUGGAGUUGGAGACACGAUUCCUGAUGCAAAACCAGAAUAUGGACGGUGUCAACACGUGGGCUGCGAUGUGGAUCCAAGUGUUCGAACGGGCCUUGACAACGCGGCGCAAAAUGCUGCGGACCACGGAGCAAAAGGAUCGUGACAAUGAGAAGGAAGGUGCACCGUGUCCAGAGCACGUGUUAGCAAGCAAGCUGCUGCCUCCACCUUCAUCGGUCAUCACCAAGUCGUUUUGGAAGAAUGCCAAGAGCCUCUUGAUGGAAGGCGGCAGUGUAGAAGCAGAAAUCAAGGAAGAGGUUUCUGCGGGAUCGAUCCCGCAAGGGACACACCAAGCCGAAGCAGUAGACUCAAGUGCUUCGGCGACUACGAUUCAACCGCAGCUUCCGUUUUUCCAAACCAUCUACACGGCUUGCUCGGCUGCAGACUUCGGGACUAAGAAGACCGGGGACAAUGGCUUCCAUGUUUUGGAUGUGCUUGCGAUCCAGGCUCAGCUCCAACUGCACAUUAUCUCUUUGGCUGCGUAUCUCGUUGAACUUUCCAGGUUUAGUUGUUUGCGCGAGUCUACGAAUUCACUGCAGCUGUAG